AUGGCCUCGCAGCCCGUCUUCAUGUCUCCCGCCCUCCCGACAGAGCUACUCUCCCAUGUCAUCCGCAGCUGCGCGUUUCCCACCACGCUCAUAAUCUGCUCCACUCGCGUCGAGUUUCUCUCGGCUCUUGCUCGCGACAUCAGACAGCAACAGAGCUCCCAGGAACCGGAAGCGCCGCCACCGUCGCAUGGCCCUCCAGAAGACGGCGUCGUCCCAGCCGAACAACAUGGGGAGGCCCACACUCCUGCUGCACAGCUACUCGCAGCUCCGCUGUACCAGGUGGCCGUCGCACGGCAUAUGCGCAUCGUGUUCAUGCCUACCGUGUCGCACCUGCGCGCCUUCCUGGCCGUCUUCUGCGUCGAGGACUCGACGAAGGUGUCUGCCCCGCCGCCGCCCCCCCCUGCCUCGCAACGCGACAUUGCUGGGGCCACGGACCCGGAGAAGGCCUCCCCCCUCUGCUCCUGCGAGUGGAGCGUGCAAGGGCUGGGCAACACAGCCGCCGUGUUCGUCGAGACGGCCAGGCGGGUCUCGUUCCAGGCUGUCGUCGUGGAACCCAAGGCCGCCGCCGCAGACGCACGGGGCGGCGGCGUCUCGGUGUUGGAGGAGAUACUGGCCGAGAGCGUCCCUAUCUUAAGCGGCAGCGCAGCGAGGACGCGGCUUAACCUAGGCAGCAGCGGGUGGGCCGAGAGGACGGCCGACGUGCGCCGCGUCUUAGGACGGUGGUUUCGUUUCCGCCCUAGCGGCUGGGACGGGGGGGGUGUGCCGUGA